AACUCGCUAGCAGAGUAACUGGUGUGAGAGAAGCUGAGAAGGUGAUAUCAUUCAACACAGCCAAAUAUCCAGAUGAUGGGAGUUUCUGGUAAAACCUGUUCUCUUGCAUGCCAUUCAUCUGAGAGUUUACAUGGAGACGGGAAUGGCUUCGACCUUUAGCCUCCUGUCGAAGAAGCACUUCCUGUGCUCGUUGUGUGAGGACAUCUUCAGCAAUCCGGUCACAACACCGUGUGGUCACAGCUUCUGCAAAGUGUGUCUGCGCAAAUACUGGAGCCGCACCAUGUCGGGCAAAUGUCCUCUCUGCAGCAAGGCCUUCGUGUCCAAACCGCACCUCAGCGUGAAUCGUAUACUGGCAGAUGUUACAGAGCACUACAGGAAAUCACGGAUAGACGGAAAAGCCAAAUCUGUCAGUGUGGAUGGGCUUUUAAAUGAUCCUGUAGAGAAAACAGAUACAGAUGUGGAGCACAUGAUCGAAGAGAGGAUUCAGAAAAUGGAUAAACUCAGGCACUCUCUUAAAAUCCUAAAGAGCACGUGUCGGCGGGAGGUGCAGGAGAGUCACAGGGUGUUCUCGGCCCUCCUCAGCUCAGUGGAGGUGGCCCACAAGGCAGUGGUGGCAGAGGUGGAGGCGAAACAGCAAGAGGCUGAGAAACGGGUGGACCGACUCAUAAAGGAGCUUGAGAAAGAGAUCGCUGAGCUGAAAAGUGGACAGACGACACCAGAGGAUCUUCUAGAUAGCAAGGAGCAUCUUCGAAAGAGUUUCAUGAAUUUACCCAGAGAGAUGAAGGACUGGUCAAAGGUUACAGUAGAGACAGACCCAUGUGUGGGAUUCACCAGGAAAGCUGUGACUGAGUUCAUCAACACUGUCAGGACAGAGGCUAACAAACUCUCUAAAGCAGAACUGAAGAGGCUGCAGUUAUACAUGGUGGAGAUCAGACUGAACCCUCGCACGGCUCACAAUCACCUCGCCAUCUCGGAUGACAGGAAGCAGGUCAGACACACGGCCAAGGAGCAGGAAGUCCCCGAAAAUCCCAAAAGGUUCGACCGUGUUACCAAUGUGAUGACUAAGGAAGCUUUGCUCUCAGGUAGACACUACUGGGAAGUGGAAGUCGGAGACAAAAUAGACUGGGACCUCGGUGUGGCCAAGCACUCUGUUAACAGGAAGGGGAAAUUUACCAUCAGUCCUGCAAACGGCUUCUGGACACUCAGCCUGAGGAAUGGAAAUCAGUACAUGGCCAACACGCUGCCACCAACCUGUCUGUCUCUCACCUCCAAACCCAGAAUGGUGGCCAUUUAUCUGGACUAUGAUGAGGGACAUGUGUCCUUCUUCUGUUCUGAGUCAGGGAUUCAUAUCCACACGUUUACAGACAAGUUUACCGAAAGACUUUAUCCUAUUUUUAACCCCGGACGACUGCAUGGAGGCAGAAACGCUGCGCCGCUCAUCAUCGCCACUAAUUGCUGCACCAUCUAAAGCAGGCUGUGUUUUUCUUUUUGCUCUUCGUGUUCAGAAGAUUGCCGUUAAACCUCUAAUGAGCUCUGAAGAAUCCUGCCUGAAGUAAAAGACACAAUCCAUUUAAUUUGAGGUCUAAUUUAUUUUGUUAUUUUGUGUUCAUUAAUGGUUGUACUUUGAUUUAUGUUGUUGGUAUUUUUAUCAUUAAAUACAUACAUUGUACGCUUUAACAGAACUAAAUGAUCUUAUUUACUCAGUAUGCACAGAUCUCGAUUCUGAUUGAUUGGAAGCUUUCGAUUGAGUUUUCUGUAACAACAGCUUGGAUUUUAGUACAAGCUAUAAUCACAGGUUUAACCUCAGUUAAUGUACUCUUUUUCUAUUAUUGUUUCUAUAAGAAUAACAUAGAAAGCCACUUGUUUGGUGGACGUUUCACAUAAUAAACAGGUUACAAAAUGUG